AUGCCUUAUGAAUUGCUUGGCCUCGGGGCCACAUGCUACGUGACGACAACCGAUCACAAGACCGUCCUGAAGGGUCACCAGGUUUGGCGAGACGGCAAAUACUACAUCGGCCGAGAUGAAUGCGAGGACGAUCUGGCCCGGGAGGCUACCAUCUAUGCGCACCUUGGUGACCACCCCCACAUUCUCAAGUGCUUCGGCCUCGAGCAGCACUGCGCCGGCGUCCACUCGCUCCGCUUGGAGCUCGCUCCGCUGGGCUGUGUCCGGCAGUUCAUUGCCGAGCAUCCUUAUGAACCGCCACCACAACGGACCCGGCUACGGAUGGCUCUCGACGUCGCGACGGGCCUCGCUUAUAUCCACUCCAGGGGCGUGCAGCACUGUGAUAUGAGCUGUCGAAACCUGUUUCUCUUUGACGGAUUCCGUGUCAAGCUGGGUGACUUUGGCGCGUCGCUUCUCCAAGGCCGCGAAUUCAAGCCGACGUUUUGCGAAGAGAGCCAAUACGAGCUGCCUUUACGUGGGAGACGAUUUAACGAUAGACCGCCGGUAAAGCGAGAGCUGUUCGCGUUGGGGUCGGCGAUCUACGAGAUCACGGCGUGGGAACGCCCUUUUCAGGGACUCGAGGAUGAGGAAGUGGAGGCGAGGUAUGCGCGAGAGGAGUUCCCUUCUCUUGAGGGCAACAUAGCGGCUCCGGUGAUAUGGAAGUGCUGGAAAGAAGAAUUCGAGAGUGCUAUCGAAGUCUUGGAAGCAUUGACACCAUUAUUAUAG